AGUGAAGUAGGACUCUUUAGGGAAGGGACCGGAGUAAACAGAUACACAGUUGCCUGCGGGUGUGUUGUGUGGGCUGGUGCAGGACACCAUGAACCGGCUGUCAGACGACUAUGACCCCUACGCCGUUGAAGAGCCCAGCGACGAGGAGCCGGCUCUAAGCAGCUCUGAAGAUGAAGUGGAUGUGCUUUUACAUGGAACUCCUGACCAAAAACGAAAGCUCAUCAGAGAAUGUCUUACUGGAGAAAGUGAAUCAUCGAGUGAAGAUGAAUUUGAAAAAGAAAUGGAAGCAGAAUUAAAUUCUACCAUAAAGACAAUGGAGGACAAGUUAUCCUCUCUGGAAACAGUAGGGUCUUCCUCAGGAAAUGGGAAAGUUGGAACAGCUUCACCAAAGUACUAUGAUGAUGUAUAUUUUGAUUCUGAUUCUGAGGAUGAAGACAAAGCAGCACAGGUGACCAAGAAAAAAAAGAAGAAACGAUACCGGAUUCCAACAAAUGAUGAAUUACUAUAUGAUCCUGAAAAGGAUAACAGAGAUCAGGCCUGGGUUGAUGCACAGAGGAGGAGCUACCAUGGUUUUGGAAUACAAAGCCCACGUCAACAACAGCCUGUUCCUAAUAGUGAUGCCGUCUUGAAUUGCCCAGCGUGCAUGACCACGCUGUGCCUUGAUUGCCAAAGGCAUGAAUCAUAUAAAACUCAGUAUAGAGCAAUGUUUGUGAUGAAUUGUUCUGUCAACAAAGAGGAGAUUCUAAGAUACAAAACCCCAGAGAACAGGAAGAAAAGGUGGGGCCAUAAGAAGAUGAGAUCCAGCCAAGAAGAUACAGCAAAGUGGGCAGAAACAGAAGCAGAAGAAAUCUACCACCCAGUUGUGUGCACUGAAUGUUCCACUGAAGUGGCAGUCUAUGACAAGGAUGAAGUCUUUCAUUUUUUCAACGUUUUAGCAAGCCAUUCCUAAAUAGCGCAGUUGGCAUUUAAUUGCCCAAUAUUGUGUAUAAGGCAAGUAUGGACAGUUAUUUUUCUUCUGCCUAUUCAUAUCAUUAAGUCACAUUCUGAAUUGUUGAGGAAGCAGUGUUUCAUCCUUAUGAAAGAUAAUGGUUAUUAACCUUCACCUCCUCCACCCCCCAUUUUUGUUUUUUACUUUCUCCAACACUAAUGGGACUGAUUAUUCAUUCCCUUAGUGAUGAUCAUUUGGAGACAGUGGGCUUUUAUUGAUUAAAGCUAUUUAGAAUUAAAAUGUUCUGGAGUUGUAA